CUCACCUCUAAAUUCAAUAUCUACUACUGCUCCUACUUUUCUUCCUCUGCCCCUCACCAAUUCUCUCUUCUGCUUCCCCAUUACUGAGACACACACACAGAUAGAGGAAGAGAGAGAGAGAGACAGAGAUGGGUGAGCUUCUGUGUCUUCACUUUUUAUGAUGACCAAAACACCAUCACUAGCUCCCUCUCUUCUUCCCAGAAGAAGAUGGCAAUCCUCCACCAUCACAAUGACCAACUAGCUCACCACGAGAACUCUUCCUCUUUCCUUGAUGCUCUUUACUGUGAUGAAGAAAGAUGGGAGGAGGAGGAAGUAGAACAAGUGGAAGGGAAUAAUGAGACUGGUUUUCUUCUUCCUCGGAUCUUGUCGGAGCAAGACUUGUUCUGGGAAGAUGAAGAGCUGAACUCUCUCUUCUCCAAAGAAGAAGAAGCUUGCUUUGAUCUGGAUGUUGAUCUUUCUCUGGCUCGUCGUGAGGCAAUAGAAUGGAUGCUUAAAGUUCAUGCCCACUAUGGCUUCUCUGCUCUAACGGCAACACUGGCCAUCAACUAUCUGGACAGAUUCCUUUCGAGCUUCCAUUUUCAAAGGGAGAAGCCGUGGAUGAUCCAGCUUGUGGCUGUCGCUUGCCUCUCUUUGGCAGCAAAAGUUGAAGAAACUCAAGUUCCCCUUCUUCUAGACCUCCAAGUUGAAGAUACUAAAUGCAUGUUUGAGGCAAAGACUAUACAGAGAAUGGAGCUGCUUGUUCUAUCAGCCCUGAAAUGGAAGAUGCACCCAGUAACGCCGCUCUCUUUUCUAGAUCACAUCAUAAGGAGGCUUGGAUUAAAAACUCAUCUUCACUGGGAAUUCCUCAGGCGCUGCGAGCAUCUCCUGCUCUCUAUUCUUCCAGAUUCAAGAUUUGUGGGUUAUCUCCCAUCGGUGUUGGCUACAGCGACAAUGCUGCGUGUGGUAGACCAGAUUGAGCAGAGUGAAGGAAUGGAAUAUAAAAAUCAGCUUCUGGGCGUUCUUAAAAGUAACAAGGAGAAAGUAGACGAGUGCUAUAAUGCGAUACAGGAGAUGUCAAAGGGCAAUAAUUAUUAUAAUUAUGGGCAUAACAAGACUAAGAAACGAAGAUAUGAGGAAAUUAGUCCGGAGAGUCCAAGUGGCGUAAUCGACGCAGUUUUUGGGUCUGAUGGUUCCAACGAUUCGUGGGCAGUGGGGUCAUCAUUAUGUUCAUCCCCAGAGCCACUGUUCAAGAAGACCAGACCCCAAGAACAGCAACAACAAAUGACGUUGUCCCCGUUCAAUCGGGUCAUUGUCGGAAUCGUUGGAGCGUCCCCUUGAAGAGAUCUUUGAUAAAAACAAACAAAACCACUUCAAAAAGGAUGUUUUUAUAUUUACUGCGGUAAUACCAAAAUUCACUGUUCGUUCUUGCCGCUACAUGUCUUCAUUUCCAACAAUGCCCAUAGAAGAGGUGCAGAAGAACAAGGUGAAAGAGGAGGACAAAGUUGGCAAUGAAGAAUAUAUCUGCUGCUGUGCAUUAUAUUCUGCAUCUCUACUAUAUGUUUUCUCUUAGGCACUCUUUCUUUUCUUGAUCUUCUUUUUUUUCCCCUUCUUUAAAUGGAUCUCUUCGGGACCAUAUUUUAUUUGGACAUACUUAUAUCUUUCAUUCCAUAAUAAAUUCAGAACAAUUCUUGUUCACUUUUUGUUUGUGGUUUCACCUCACGUUGAAUGCUUU